UAUAGUGGGGAUAAAGAUAUAUAAUCCCAUGCCAAUGUUCAACCGGUUGCAAAUGAUUUGUAAAAGUCAUACCAUCGUCAUCGUCAUCUUGCUGCUCUCAACAAUACAACAACAAAGAAAUAUUUAACAAGACAAUAUGGGUUUGUUGAUAAAUCAUUUGGGAAUAAUUGCUGGCAUCAUUGCUGUUGCCAGUGCUCAUUCUUAUCACAUGGGUUCAUGUCCAAUAGUUCAACCGAUGCAAAAUUUUCGGAUACAUGACUUUCUGGGUCACUGGUACGUGAUACAAAAAACAUCAACAGGUAGCAAAUGUAUUGGAUAUAAUUACACCCGAGGUGAUGAGCCUGGCCUGUAUACUAUUAAACAAGACUCCAAUCAUCUACUUCUAGGCUUGACUCCACUUAAACAUGAGUAUCGUUAUACUGGUGAACUUACUGUUCCUGAACCAAGUACACCAGCUCUUAUGACUGUUAAUUUUCCACUGAGCAUUGCUGGAUCAGCAUCACAUGUUGUUUUUGCAACAGAUUAUAAAACAUAUGCUGGUAUAUUUACAUGUCAAGGACUUAAAAUAGCACAUCGUCAAAGUGCCACAAUAUUAUCACGUAGUAAAGAACUUGAUCAAUCAGUAAUUGAUGAUUUACGUAGUAAGCUAAGUAAAUUUGGUGUUGAUCCAUUUGAACUUAGUAUUGUACCACAAACUGGAUGUCAAAAUGGUGAUGAUCCAGUUAAUAUUGAUAUUAAUCCUGGUACAUUUAGUGCUGAAAAUUUUGGUAAAUUAUUUAAAAAAGCUGGUGAAAAAAUUGGUGAUGGUGUUGAAUGGGUUGCCAGUGCUGGAAGUAAAGUUUAUCAUAAAAUAACUGGAAAAGAAGAAACAAAUAAAUCAACAACUAAUAAACCAAUUCCACGUGAAAAAAUUGAAACAAAUGAAGUUGAAUGGAUUCCUUAAAUUAUUUUUAAUAUAUUCUUUUUAUUUUUUAUUUUCCUCUUUUUAUUCAUACAAUGUAUUUUUUUUUUUUUUCUGACAUGUUUCUUUGACUGAGAAUUAUUUAAUGAUGAAAUACAUUGUCAUUAGCUCAUUUUUAUAUUUAAAAAAAAAAAAAAAAAUGCUAAAUUAUUGUAAUUGACUUGUUGCAUUUUUAUUGUGUAAAAUUAUUUUUUUUUUUAAAUAGAAUAAAAAAAAAAAAAACAAAACAAUUGAUG